AUGCCUGCCCCCGACACGACACCAUACACAGGAGCAUACACUCCACACCUUGUCAACACUCCCACCCGCCCAUCACGCUUCUGGCGCUUUGCCAGAUCAGUCUUCUGGGCGGAUCUCUUUUUCACCAUCGGCGCGAUUGCGGGCACGGCUCUGAUCAGCUGGGAGUACCUCCAACCACCCUUUGAGGCUGGCUCGGAAGAGGAUGAAGAAUUACGCGAGGAGAUACAGGAGACACUCGAGGCCCAUCCUCUUGUCGAGGGUCUGCGUGAGCAGAACUGGACUGAAGAGAAUUUCUAUGCAAGCCGUUCGAAUGGCGCGGUUAGGGGUGAACACCUGGUUGGAGAGAAGCUUACAGGCACCCGCGGCGUAACGAUGAAAGUGUUCAAACAUCCUUCCCAGCCUAUAACGAUGAUGGUGUUCUUUCUGGGGUUCGGCGUCGAAGGUUGGCCUGACACGAUCCACGGCGGCAUGACGGUGUCUCUCCUGCACGAAAGCGUCCAUCAACAUCUUCAGAUGCACCACCCGGAACUCGGACCGGCGACGGCCCAGUUCAGCAACGUUUCGUUUUUCAGACCAAUGCGGCCGGGUGAUGUAUAUAGCAUUUUCAUUCCUCCAACAAUUGUUCAGCCAAGUGUCAAAGCGCAACACAAAUCGGUGCAUGUCACUCCGAUACUGAUGUAUUUGGACGGGCCGAUAAGCGUCGAAAUAGAAAGCAAUUGGCAGGGGAAUUUUGGACCUGGCGAGCAACCAGCAAGCACUCAAACGAUAGCUGGCGCUUCCACGAUUGACAGACAGAGUCUGAAAGCCAUACCGAAUGUACAUGCGUUUGGUGAAAUGGACGUCGCGGUCCCGGAGGCAGGUGCAGCAGAUGACAACACGCACAAUCCCCCGCUGUUCUAG